AUGGAAAGCCGAGAGAAGCUAUCAGUUGAGAUGUGUUCCUGCACAUCGGACUUGGUUCGACUGAUUUGGAUUGGUUACAUGGGUUGCUCCCCAGUUCAGCCAAGGACGGCAGUUUCACUUCGAUUUCUCAGGUUCCACCAUACUUUGUGGAAACAUUCUAGUGUGCGACUAGCGGCAUUUAUCGGAGCGAUUGAUGAGUAUCUCGAUGCGCGAAGCGCCCUCCUUGUAGUUCCAGGAACUAAUCAGACGAGAGACUUACGUCGCUGCUUUUCGGCAGCCGUUGAUGCAUACAGAGAGAUGCUACGAAUGGAAGAUGAGAUGAGUUUAUUGGCAUUGCACAUGGAACCUCAAGAUGCUCUUGCAGCAACCUGCCCUUCGUGUUUUGGUCCAAAGGUUCCUGGCAAGCGAGCGGACGAGCCAGAUCACAUCAUUUGUCUUGAUGCAAAUUUUCAACAGAGAAGACACCUCGCAGCAAGUGCUUUGUGGCGUGGCGAUACAGGUGUCUUACCAUCGCUUUUUAUGUCACCAGCAACGGUGAUGACAUGGAAAAACAAGUUAGAGCCUACUGCUCAGAGUACCAACACAGGUGCUAGCAAGAAGAGUCAUCCUGCAGACGAUGUGGUGGUGAGAUUUCAUCUCAAAUCCAUCAUUUAG